CCUCUUUCUCCAAACUGACGAAGCCCUCCUCCACCUUGUGCAACUGUGUCCCGUCGCAAAACAUUUAACAUUGCGACCUUCCUUUUCUUUCCAUUGUGAGAGCUUCGACCACUCUCUCCGGACAACAAAACCACCUGUGCACCUGUCUACUUACCUCAUGCACAUAAAUACAAUGAAAUCGCAUCACAGCCAAGCCUAGGAUCCUACAAGAAGCAAAGGAAGUGACACCGGUACCCAGAAAGCUACUGGUACCACAACCACCACCCCGCGGGCGUGUUCUUGCCCGCAGAAAACCGACGAUACCACAGCCCAAGAUGGCCUCCUCUUCAACCUCCUCCCCGACCCUCACCCGAACCGAGACCCUGAGCCUGGGAGCCCUCUCCUUUGCCGCAGUCGCAGUCCUCCUCAAUGCCUUCCAGGGCGAGGGCGAGCCCCUGAUAGCGUCACUGGCCCUCUCCGUCCUGGCCUUUGCGCUGGCCUAUUCCAUGAUCCGAUGGCUUGGCCCAGUCUUUAAGCAUGCCGGCUUCAAAGGUCGCGACCUCUCCAAGCACCACCGCCCUGAGCUCCCCGAGUGCAUGGGUGCUGUCUGCGCUGCAGUCUACCUCCUUGUCGUCAUCGUCUUCAUCCCCUUUCCCUUCUACAAGGACAUUGUUGCCGCCACUAGCGGUGGUGGAAACAGGGACGUUGUAUUCCAGGUCGAGCAUGUCCAGCAGGGACGGUUCCUGCAUCGCUUUCCCCAUAGCAAGCUUGCCUCCUACCUCUCCGCCAUCAUCUCCCUCCAGACGACCGCCCUCCUCGGCAUUGGCGACGACCUCUUCGACAUCCGAUGGCGACACAAGUGGUGGAUCCCAGGCCUGGCCUCGGUCCCCAUCCUCGUAAUCUACUUUGUCGACUUUGGCGUCACCUCCAUCGUCAUCCCGAUCCCCCUCCAGCCCUACCUCGGCGAGCUCUUCGACCUCGGCGUCCUCUACUACAUCUACAUGUCCUGCAUCGCAAUGUUCUGCCCCCAGUCCAUCAACGGCAUCGAGGUCUCCCAGUGCAUCGUCGUCUCCCUCCUCCUCGUCCUCAACGAUUGCCUCUACCUCUUGACGCCUUACCCACACCCGGCCACCGACUCCCACCUCUUCUCCCUCUACCUUCUCCUUCCCUGGCUCGGCGUCUCCUUCGCCCUCGUCCUGCACAACUGGUACCCCGCCAAGGUCUUCGUCGGCGACACAUACUGCUACUUCUCCGGCAUGGUCUUCGCGACGGUCGGAAUCCUGGGCCACUUUUCAAAGACGCUCGGCCUCCUCCUCGUCCCCCAGCUCUUCAACUUUCUCUACUCGACGCCCCAGAUCUUUGGCCUCAUCCCCUGCCCUCGCCACCGCUUGCCCCGAUUCAACGCUCGCACCGGCCUCCUCGAACCGAGCAAGACCCCCUGGAGCCCCGAACGCCAACCUCGCCCUCUCGUCGCGCAAGGACUUCACCUGCUCGCGAAGUUGCACCUUCUGGAGGUUACAGUGGACGAAAAGGGCCGCUUCGUCGAGACAAGCAACUUGACCCUCCUCAACCUGUGGCUCGUCUGGAGAGGUCCCCUGAGAGAGGACCGUCUCGCGUGGGAGGUCACCUUCCUCCAGCUCUUUGUCGGCCUGUCUGGCCUCUUUGUCCGACAUCGCCUCGCUCUGCUCAUCUUUAAGGAGGAUAACUGGGGUAUGACGACCAAGAGAUACUGAUCAACCCUGCUGUGUUGAUCUGGGCCUAAGAGACAAGAACUCUCAGGGCUUCGCACUUUUAUCACUGUUCACAAAUUCCGGAAUGACAUUCCAUCCGGGGAUUUUCUUGUUGCUUCAUUUUCGCAUGUCUGGAUUUCGCAUCGCAAAGGGACGGCAAGGCUAGGAGAGCCGUCUGUACUAUACCAAAAAUGGUUGGAGGUUUGAGAUUGAGAUACCCUGUAAGAGUACCUAGCGGGUAAAUAUGACCCGAGAUUGACACUCUCGAAAGUUGGUCGAGAAAAUCAAGAGAAUAAAACAUCACAUCACAAC